UCCGCGAGUAAGGAUGCUGUAGAAGCACGUGUUAUUUCAUAACAUAAAUAAAUAUCUAUGGAAUUUCGGUGCAAAUAUAUUUAUGGUAACGAAAUUAAGAUUUGAAUUAAAUAAUUAAGCUUACAAAUGAAUAAAAAUGAAAAUUAGAAAGAUUGCUUGCGCAGUUUCUGGAGGUUUGGACAGUGGUGUGGCCGCUCAUUUGCUCAAGAAGAAAGUGCAGGUUAUGAAGUAAUUGGUGUUUUCAUGAGAAAUUGGGAUGUCAUUGACGAGACGGGUCAAUGUUUAGCAGAUAAAGACAGUGAAGAUGCUCGAUACGUUUGCAGAGUUGUCGGCAUACCUUUUCGAGAGGUGAAUUUUGUUAAACAAUAUUGGAAUGGAGUAUUCAGUGAAAUGAUUGAUGAGUAUAAAAAAGGCAUAACACCAAAUCCAGAUGUUUUAUGCAAUAAAAGAAUUAAAUUUGGUAUUUUUUGGAAGUAUAUGAUUAAUCAACUUAAAGUGGAUGCUAUUGCAACAGGUCAUUAUGCACAGACUAGUUUUGGAGAAGAUCUUGAAAAUUAUGAUCCUCAUAAAGGUGCAAGAUUAUUACGGGCGGUCGAUGACUUUCGAGAUCAAACAUUAUUUUUAUCACAGAUACCUCAAGAAGCACUUCAGAAGUCUCUCUUUCCAGUUGGUGGAUUAAUGAGGAAAGAUGUUCAAAAAAUUGCUUCUGAAAUUUCACUAACGAAGAUACUAAAAAAGAAAAAGAGCACCGGCAUCUGUUUCAUUGGAAAAAGAAAUUUCCAGAAAUUUAUUAAUGAUUACAUAGAACCAUCAGUUGGAAACUUUAUUGAUAUUGAAACAGGUUCCAUUGUUGGACAGCAUACAGGUAUUCAUCAAUGGACAUUAGGCCAAAGAUGUUUGUUGCCUGGUUGUAAAGUUGCAUAUUUUGUUGCAGAAAAGAAUCCAUUAUCACAAGAUAUUUUAGUGGCACCUGGUGGUGAUCAUCCUAGCUUAUAUUGUGAUACUAUUAUUGUUGAGAAUCCAUAUUGGAUUAACAGAGUACCAGAAGAUUUACUAAGAACUAAGAAAUUAAAAUGUAAAAUAAGAACUCAACAAGGAUACAGAUAUCCUCUUGAGAAAUGUCAAGUGGAUGUAAUUGAAGAUGAUAAAUUAUUCAUUAAAUUUGAAAAUCCCCAGAGAGCUCUUACACCUGGACAGGUAUAUCUAAAAUACCAAAUAUUUGGUUACAUUAGAUGUUUGUACAACUGGUGAGAUAUUAUAAUAAGAUGAAAACAUAAAAUAUUUCAAAAUGGUUUUACUUUAAGACAAAAAAUUUCAAAAAUAUUAAUUUAAAAAUAGUAAGUGGCAUCAUUUCAUAGAAUAAAGUUUUAAAUAACUAGAAAAGAUUCAUCAUAGAACAACUUAAAAUGUGUUUAUAAGAUAACAAAAUACGGUGGGUAUACUAGAACAAAUGUAUUUGGUUCAAGAAUCUCAUUUGUUAUAGAAUCUGUUCAUUCUAGCAUAUAUUAAAAUAUAUGUAUUUAUGGGUAAUCAUUACCAGGUGCACAACAUAAAGCAAAGUUACCAUUCAACACAAAUUAAACAGAAAAAUAUAAUAUAAAAUAAAAAAUAACCCAUUGUAUAAAAGAAAUCCCUCUCUUCAAUUUGGGCAAUUUGUUGAAGUAGAAGAGAGAUUUCUUUUAUACUGUAUAUCAUAUUUUUGACUAGUUUUGUUACUUUCUUGUACCUAUUACUCUUUGUAUAUGAUAUUUAAAAUAUUGUACAGUUUAUUCUCUAAUGAUAGUUUA